UCUGACAGUGAAAAUGGACCACAAAACUGGCAUAUGACAACCCCUGAGGACAACACAAUGGAUGCUGAAGCAUAUGACAACACACAGAAUUAUGAUGGAGAGAACCCCAAAACAACACAAGACAAGAUCUAUCCCACUGCUAAGAUUAGUAAUGAAGAAUCACAACUGGCAAUUUUAUGCUAUGCUCUUAGGCACACCACAACAAAAUCCGCUCUUGGUGACUUAUUAGACCUAAUUAAUCUACAUUGCCCAGAAGGAACCAACGGAGCACCAAAUAGUCUUUACACGUUCUUGAAGGAAUUUGAUUAUAAUUCAUUUGAAAUAGUGUACAUCUGCCCCACAUGUCAUCAAUACUUUGGUAAUGAAAUCCCAGCAAAUUGUGAUUCAUGUGGUUUUGAACCAGGGGAUAAGAACUCUCUUAUUAAAUCUGGUGACGUUUUCAUGAAAUUGUCCAUAAGAAAACAAUUGGAAGACAAAAUGUCAGAUUCUACAUUUACAGCAGCACUGAAUUACAAGUGGACCAGAGUCAAAAGCAGUCCAGACAGUGUUCAAGACAUAUUUGAUGGUGAAAUGUAUAAAUCAGUAGGUCCCCUGAAUGAUUCAAAUCAAUUCAACCUUUCACUUACAUGGAAUGUUGAUGGUGUCCCUAUUUUUAAGUCCUCUCCUUUUCACAUUUGGCCAAUCCAAGUAGUAAUUAAUGAACUUCCCCCAGAUAUGAGAAGUAGGCAUGUGCUCCUGGCUGGUUUGUGGUUUGGUGCUUCUAAACCUAAAAUGAAUUCCUUUUUGCAGUCAUUUGUUGAUGAGUGCGUUCAGUUAGAGCAGGAAGGUCUAACAGUGCAGCACAGAGGACAAAGUACACAGAUGUAUGUGUUCAAUCUUGUCUGUGUAUGUGAUUCGGUUGCUCGCUGCUCUGUCCAAAACACUAAGCAAUUUAAUGGUGAAUAUGGAUGCAACUGGUGUUAUCAGAAGGGAGAAAUAGUUGCUAAAGGAAAUGGUUUCACUAGGGUGUAUGUGUCGCAAACAAGAGAUGCAAGACCACGCACCCACAGCCAGCAUUUUGAUGAUGCUAAAACAGCAGUCGAAACAGGCACAUGUGUUAAGGGAGUCAAAGGGCCAUCCCCUUUAAUGCUUUUAACAUUUUUCAAUAUAAUUCUGGGAUUUGCUUAUGACUACAUGCAUGGCAUUUUGCUGGGUGUCAGUCGGCAAUUAACAACUUUAUGGUUUGACUCAAAAUAUCAUGGAGAGAGAUGGUAUUUGGGAAGAGAAAUAAUCAACAUUGACAAGCGACUACUUGAAAUCAAGCCACCAGUUAAUAUUACAAGACCUCCACGCUCUGUGAGGUUGCGCAAAUAUUGGAAGGCCUCAGAGUACAGGAAUUUUCUUUUGUUUUACAGUCUUCCAUGCUUGAGUGGCAUUUUAUCAUGUGAUUACAUAGAGCACCUACUACUCCUUGUCCAAGCAACAUACUGUCUAUUAAAAGAUGACAUGUGUUCUCAUGACAUAGAUGUAGCAGAAAACCUGUUAAAAACUUUUGUGAGCCGAUUUGAGAGAUUGUAUGGCAAAUGUCAUGUUAGUUUUAAUGUGCACAUUUUACAGCAUGCAGCACAGUCAGUACGAAACUGGGGUCCACUAUGGUGCCAAAGUGCAUUUAUUUUUGAAAGCCACAAUGGUAACUUACAAAAGCUCUUCCAUGGCACCCAGGCAGUUUCAGAACAAAUAGCCAAUAGCUUUUCUCUUUUCAAAGAUGUUACACAAUCCUACAGGAUGUCAGUGGACAUACCUGAAGGAAUCAUAGAAGUACAUAAGAAAUCCAGCAGGAGUGUUACAUUCCUGCAGGACAUAACACAGUUAUACAGGAACAAUCCUACAGGACUCCUGCAGGAAUGA